AUGGCAAUGGAAAGCUUAGUAAGUGGACAUACGAUGAAUAGGAUCCGUGAAAGACUUGCUGACAAAUUAGAGUUCAUGGCCUUCGACCCUUAUGUUCAAAAAACAGUAUUGUACAGAGAAAAAAAGAAGCUUUGUAAUAUUUACCGGCUGAAAGAUACAACGAAACCAUAUCCUGUGGUUAGGAAGCACUAUUGGGAAUCAUAG